AUGGAGGAAAUCAAAACCAAGGAUGGAGGGAUAAUUCUAAUUAAAGGUGGAAUCAAGCUCCUCAAGCUCAACCUUAUCCAAGCUAACAAGCCUACUAUCAUCAAGCUCCCUAAGGCUCUUUCUCCUCCAGCUACACAAAAUGACCAACAAGUCUUAACUUCUAGUGGUUUGCCCUCUCAACCUCAACCGAAUCCUAAGGGAAGCAUCAACACUAUUACCCUUACGAGUGGCACCAAAUUAGAUGAAAUUGGUGUUGUGCCUACAAAUUCGAGUGAGGAGCCACUCAAUAAAGGAAAAGGGGAGGAAGUGGAAGUGACAAGAGAUGAGGAAGGAAGUGUUGCAAAAGAUGAGGAGGGGCCACUCAAGGUCAAGGAGCCAAAAUGGAAAAAUCCGCUUGAAGAGCCUAUGCCCAUUCCAUUUCCAACUUUGACUAAGAAGGCCAAAAAGCAAGAAAAACUUGAUCCCAACAUGGUGAAAAUCUUUAAGAAUGUUGAAGUCACCAUCCCACUCUUUCAGAACAUUCAACAAGUGCCCAAAUAUGCCAAGUUCCUCAAAGAAGUCUGCACACAUAAGGAAAAAAUUGGCGAGCUCAACAAAAGGUCGGUAGAUGAUUCUAUCUCUUCACUAAUUCCUGAAAAAUGCAAUGAUCCUGGCUCGUGUUUGGUUACUUGUUUGAUUGGUGGAGUGAAGUUCAUGGACUGUAUGUGCGACUUGGGGGCGUGUGUAAGUAUCAUGCCACUUCCCAUUUAUGAUAGAUUAAACUUGCCACCAGUUAAGAGAUCAGGGGCGAGAUUUGUGUUAGCAGAUAAGAGCAUUGUAUCAGUUGUGGGGAUUGCAAAAAAUGUGCUAAUUGACAUCCAAGGAUUACUCUUUCCGGUAGACUUUCACAUUUUGGAGACCCCUCCUAUUAACUCAGACAAGCCAUCAUCCAUACUCCUUGGGCGGCCGUUUUUAAAGACGGCCGAUGACAAGGUGGUAGAAUUCACUUUGGAAGAGUCCAAGAAACCAGUUCUCGAAGCCUACUCUAUCUUUGGGUGCGAUAUAAUUGAAGAGCAAGUGAUUGAGGAUGGCAAGGAGCAAGAAGAAAACAAGAAUGCCAAGGAGUUAGAGAUCUUCCUCGUUGGAGAAGUUUCAAAGUGA